AUGACGCCAGCGCAGGCGCCGCAGCUGACGCCGCCGCGGCCGAAGCCGGCGUCGAUGCCGACACCACCACGGCCGCCGCACACGCCGUCGACACCACCGCCGCAACCUCGCACGCCGACGCCACCACCCCAGCAGGGGGAAUGGUCGCGGUAUGACAGGCAACAGGCGUGGGAGAUUCCGCAGGCCCACGUCGGCCAGGUGGUCCGCACGUUCGAGAUGGGCGGGCGGCUAUGGCACCAACAGUCGGUGACGUGGACGUGGCCCGCAUCGGUGGAGACCGAGGACGCGCCGGAAGCCCGGGUUUGGGAAGAGGCGGAAGCGAUCGGCUGGAGAACGCCGGACCAGGUGUCCCGUGAUCCGCGGUUGCGCGCCCGAGCAAGAGAAGCAAACCCGGAGAAGGAGGGCUCGAGGGAGGAGAGCCCGGGAGAAGCAAACCCGGAGAAGGAGGAGUGGAGCUGGCCGGCGCCAGGUGAGGCGCCACCACCACCAAAGCUGCCGAGGCAGAUGUCGUGCCCGGAGGCGAGGCAACCGCCGCCCCGCCCAUGCCCCUGCAGGCAGGCGUCGCUGGACGGGCGGAAGUGGAGAGUGGUACCGACGGAAGACUGGCCGCCUCAGGUGGCCGAGGAAGCGGCUCGACAAGGAGCCCGGAAUCGAAGAGUGCACUGGGCCAAGUUGUUCGAACUGGGCGGCCAGCGCUACCGCCUUAAGGUACGGAGGGGCGAGGAGGUGAGAGUUACGGUCGCCGAAUAA